CUUUCCUUUUCAAUUCGCUUCUCGAUUGCUGAAGUUUCAGGAAUCUCCCUCUUCCCAACUCCUUCUCUACUGACUGCGAUCCAAGCAUUCUCUGUUUCCCCUCGAUCGUCAUGAAUCCUCCGUCGACAUCGGGCAAUUCCUCAAUAGGAUAUGCGAUGUAGCUUCGAUCCACCUCGCGAGGCCUCGAUCUGACGUUGAAGACUUGCACAUGGACGCGGAGCAAUUGGAGGGCAAACUGAUAGACGUCGACCGGGCCAUCAAUGAGGCUGCGGGCAACGGGCAAACCGUCAUGGAAGAAGCUCUUGGUGUGGAAGCGCCAGGCUGAGGCGUUUGUAUCUAAGGAGGCCGCCAUCCAACGGGACUACAAGGCGAUGCGUUGCCUCGGGGGCUGGUCGUGGAAUUGUGUCUCCAUCAAUCGGAGGGUCACCAAGAAGGUGAAGAAGAUGCAGGAGUUGAUUAGCCGAGGGAAUGAUAUUAGUAUUGUCGUGCCGCCGCCGCAGCAGCAGCAGCAGCCACCGCCGCAGCAGCAGCCGCCGCCGCAGCAGCCGCCGCAGCAGCCGCAGCAGCAACAGUCGCCGCCGCCGCCGCCGCCGCCGCCUGCCAUGGAGCUUCCUAUUUCAAAUAAUGUCGUCGGGAUGCAAUUGAAUGUGAUCCAGAUUGUAAACCGGAUUAAGGAUGAAAAUGCCAAGGUUAUAGGCAUCUACGGCAUGGGGGGGAUAGGAAAGACUACGCUUUUGAAGCUCAUCCACAACCAUGAAGAGAUCUCCAAGCUCAAGUUUGAGCAUGUCGUCUGGAUCGUGGCCUCCCAAGGAUGCAAAUUACAAAAACUUCAGAUGGACCUGGCUAAGAAGGUAAGACUGAAAUUUGAAGAUGAUGAGAGUGAAGACGAUCGUCUUUCUAAGCUCUACAACUUCUUAAAGCAAAAAAAUUGCUUGUUGUUUCUUGAUGAUAUUUGGGAAUCCUAUGAUCUUAUUAAGUUGGGGAUGGAACAAGUACCUGGCAAGGAGCAGAAGCGCAAGGUGAUAGUUUUCACGACGCGCAGCGAGCAAGUAUGCACUGAAAUCAGUGCUGACGUGAUAAAAAAAGUGGAAGGAUUGCCAUAUGAUCAAGCAUGGGAACUCUUUCUUAAAAAUGCAGGUGAACAUGUAAUCAACUUAGAGCCAAGAAUUACUCGACUAGCAAAACAAAUUGCUGAAGAGUGUGCCGGUGUGCCCCUUGCUCUCAUCACCGUCGGCAAAGCCAUGUCCUCAAAGAAGUCAUGGGAAGCUUGGAAUGAUGCCUUGACGCAGCUGAGACAAUCACAGAUGCCAAAAGUCACGCGUAUGAAAGAACGAGAUCCUAUGUUUGCUGCCUUUAAACUUAGCUUUGAUAGCCUAGAAGAUGACAACAUGAGAGCUCGCCUAUUGUGUUGCUCUUUGUGGCCUGAAGAUUUUGAAAUUGAGAAAGUUGAACUAAUACAGUGUUGGAUAGGCCUUGGCCUAAUUGAUGAGUUUGACUCGAUCAAUAAAGCAUUCCAUCGGGGGCACUCCCAUAUCGAGACUUUGACAUCUGCAUGCUUGUUAGAGCUUAUUGAUGGAGAGGUACACACGACAACGAUCAAGAUGCAUGAUGUGAUCCGGGACAUGGCUUUAUGGAUGGCCUCGGAUUGUGGUUCCAAUCAAUAUAGAUGGAUUGUCAUAGCACGGACUGGAUUGAGACAGUUGGAACUAAAGAACGAGGAAUGUCAAGUGGUAGAACGAGCAUCAUUCAUGCAUAACAAAUUAGAUUAUUUGCCAGAGCAGACUGCAACUUUUCCCAAACUUUCAGUGCUUAUGCUCCAACAUAAUGAAUCGCUAGACUUAAUUCCUAAGUCAUUUUUCUCAUCUUUGCCUGUUUUGACAUUCUUGGAUCUCUCAGGUACAAACAUCACAAAACUUCCCAAGGAAAUCAACAUCUUAUCUGAGCUCCAACAUCUAAACUUAAGUUUCACAAAUGUUGAAGCACUGCCAGUAGAGUUGAGUAGCCUUGUUAAACUCAAGUACUUGCUUCUGGAACGAACUGAGAGUCUUGCCCAAGUACCCAAGGGAACAAUAUCCAACUUACCUUUGCUCAAAUUGUUGGAUUUAUACGAGAGCAGCUAUGCUGACUUGGAUGAGCUAGAGGGAUUUCAAGGAUGUUGGAAAAAUAUUGGAAUUACCCUAGACUCAAUGACAAACCUUAAACGAUUGAGUUCUCUAUCACAAUUAUCUACAUGGAAACUCAAACUACAAAACAUGAUAGACUUGGCUUAUCCAAGCCAACUAUUUAAGAACAUCAUGAGUAGCUACAACACAAGGCAGGGCUUAGAACGAUUAGAGAUUAUAAAUGUCAGGACAGAUGAUGGCUUAAUAGUUGUUCGGAGCAACAAGGAUCAUGAAGAAGGGCUUGAAUGUUUGAGGUAUAUGGCACUUAAACAUGUCGACUAUUUGCAAGAAAUCACUUGGAAAGCAGUCGAACCUCAAACGAUAUUUCCUAAUCUCCACGAAUUGACUAUUGAUAAAUGCAACAAGUUAAUAAAUAUUACUUGGGUUCUUCACCUACCAAAUCUCAGUGUCUUGAAAGUAUCAGAUUGUGAUGAGAUGGAAGAAUUGAUAAGUUGUGUUGAAAGUUCCGUCAACUCUAGCAUUGGCUUACGCUUAUUGUCUUUGAAUCGAUUGCCUAAAUUGAAUUGUAUCUCACGGCAGCCACUAACAUUCCCCUACUUGGUGCGGAUAGAUGUGAUCUCAUGCUAUAAAAUCAGAAAGCUACCAUUUGGAGCUGAAAUCUGUCAGCAUAAAUUGAAACGUAUUAUUUGUGAUGAGAUUUGGUGGGAAUUGAUCGAGUGGGAGAAUUUUAAGGAUAAGAAUUCUCUCACCCCCUAUUUCAAGUUGAUUAAUUCGUUUAAUUGCCUGGGUGAUUAUGAGUAUGCGGAGCCACGGCGAAAGAAAAGACGUGAUGACCUGGAUUCGUUCGAUCCUGCCUGGGAUUCGUUCGAUCCUGAGGAUUCGUCCGAUCCUGAGGAUCCGUUAGAUCUUGCCUGGAUCCGUUAGAUCUAGAGACGUAUGACUGUGCGGAGCCUGGGCAAAAGGAAUGACGUUGGAUACGAAGGGUGCCUCUGGACUAAAAUCCGGGCAACAACAAGGGGCCGAAGCUGAUCCUAGCGACAAAUAUUGCAGAAACUUCUGUAACAAUUCCUGGUAUUAAGAAUGUUAUAGAUGCUGGGUUGGUCGAUGCUCGUUCUUACAGUCCAGUGACUGGUAUGGAGUCAUUGAUUAUCAUUCCUACCUCGAAAGCACAGGCUCUACAAAGAAGUGGUCGUGCUGGACGAGAAGGGCCUGGAAAAUGCUUUCAGUUGUACCCUGAGAGUGAGUUUGGUAAACUUGCAGACUCUACUGUUCCUGAGAUCAAAAGAUGCAACCUCUCCAAUGUUGUUUUGCAGCUAAAAGCCCUUGGUAUUGAUGAUGUCAUUAGGUUUGAUUUCAUGGAAAAACCCUUCUAGGUAUACUAUAGUGAAAUCUUUGGAACAGCUGUUCCUACUUGGGGCUUUGACUGAUGACUAAGCUCUCAAGUCCAGUCGGACAUCAGAUGGCAAAUCUACCCUUGGAUCCUAUGUAUUCGAAGGCACUUAUCUUGGCUGCCGAGUUUAAAUGCCUGGAAGAAAUGUUAAUGGUUGUCACUAUGCUCUCAGUGGAAUCCAUAUUUUACUUUCCACAAGAAAAAUUGGAAGAGGCAAGAGCUGCCGGAAAGAGUUUUUCAAGCCCUGAAGGAGACCACAUAAGUAUGUUGAAUGUGUACCGCACAUCUGCGGAAAGCUUGGAGAAGAACAAAAUUGCAAAUGUCAAAGAGAAAACAUUGGAGAAAAAGUUAAAUAAAUGGUGCAGGGAGAACUUCAUCAAUUAUCGGUCUCUUCGACACGCACGGGACAUUCACAGCUAAAUUGAUUCUUCCUUUGCUGCCGUAGAACUUUAGCGAGCGGUCAGACCAUGCGGAUGCAUCCUUCUUCUGUGUUGUUCUGCACAAAGGCAGAUUGUAUCAUCUUCAACUAACUGGCCCGAACAAAUCAAAAUUACAUUCGUAAUGUGACACGAGUGGAUCCAUUGUGGUUGUCGGAGCUAGCUCCACACUAAUUUGCCGCCAACUGCUAGUUCUUCUCUUUGCGUUAAAUAGACAGAAUAGUUAAUAUAAAGAAUUUUUAACUAUCUCA